AUGACCGCCGAGCACCGCCCGAACAGGCAGGAGAGCCAACUUCGGGGAAGUCGUGACAGUACAGGCCUCGAGGACGAUCCGGAGGACGAGGUGCUGGGCGAUCCGGGUGGAGGCGGUGGAAAUCUCUCAGGAGAGAAGGGUCCAAAACGUCCCCCACCGGAACCCAGCAUCUCUCCUCUGGACCGUACCCCUCCCAGUCCACGAGGGAAGCAAGAGGAAGACCGUAUCCGUCAGCAGCAGGAGGAGAUGGAGCGGCGAAGACAGGAGGAGCAACGAAGACGACAGCAGGAGGAGAUGGAGCGGCGAAGACAGGAGGAGCAACGAAGACAACAGCAGGAGGAGAUGGAGCGGCGAAGACAGGAGGAGCAACGAAGACAACAGCAGGAGGAGAGGAGGCGCCAGGAGCAACUGGAGAGGGAGAGGGCGAUCCAGCAAGAAAUCGAAAGGGAGAGCGAACUUUCGGGUAAGAAGGUGUCAAAGGGACGAGAAAAGCUAAGACAGAAGCUGAGACUAAAAGGACAACAGCGCCAUCACCAGCGUACACAGGUACUACACCAGAUGAUAGAAGAUGACGCUGCAGCAAUCAGAAGGGAUGAGCCAGGGGACUUGAAAAAUAAGUUUGAAGAUCUUCUGAAGAAAUACGAGAUUUCUGAAGACAAAGGCAUGCAGGAGGACAAACUUGAAAACCGAAUGAAAAAUCUUCAGAAUGAACUAACCCUUAAAUACUUUGGAGAGCCUCAACUGUCGAUCUGGUGUCAGUUGACCAUAGAUCGUGCUAUCAGCCAAGGAGAGCAAUCGCUCACUGAGCAGUUUAGCAUCCUCACGGCUGUGACAGAGCUAACGUUGACAAACGGCUCGGACACAGACAGUAAAGAGGACCAACUACUUGACUGGGACCAGAAGUAUGACUUUCUCAUCCGUCUUCUUGAACAGCUGUACAGCACAAAUCCCACAGUGGCUCAACAACUUGUUCUGAGCAUUCUUGAUGUGUUCACAGAGGUGUCAGAGAAAAAUAAGGGUCUCCUUAGUCAAAUUCUCUUCAACAUGAUCUGGACACCUUCAGAAAUUCUGCUCUUUUUGCGAGGUGUUUCAGGCAUAAACCAAGAGUUAGCAACCUCAAUCCUUCAUACUGUGAGGACAAACAAGCUGGAUCUUCUCUCUACUCUCUCUGCCCUGAAAGAUAAAGACCCUGUCAACUCUCUACAAUGGUAUGCUGAGGCAGAAGGGGACAAGGAUGCCGACACCAUUGUGAAUGAAAUGCAAAAUGAAAAGUACCCAGAGAAAAUAUUGUCCAUAAUGAAGGAAAUUCUAGGAUAUAUGACAGAGGAACUUCCAAAACAUGCAAAGGAGGACUUGGAUCAGGUAAAGAUAGAGGAAGCAAAGCAGAUGAUCAAGUCACUGGAUUUUACUAACCCUGACCUUGCUGUUCUCAAGGAGGUCCUAAUAAGGAUGUCUAUUGCUGUGCAAGACUGCUCAACCAUUUACACUCAAAACGGUAAGAACAUAGAAGGCUACUUUCCUAGCAUCACUCCGCUGGAAUCACUGCUCACUGCUGAGAAAAUAGAAGGCUACUUUCCCCGACUCACUCAGUUGGCAUCACUGCUCAUGCUCCUUCUACCAAAGUUAACAGGGAAAAAAGGUAUCCUUCUGGAAAUCGGCACAGGUGAAGGAAAAUCUUGCAUCUUGGCUAUGUUUGCCACCAUCCAGGCCAUCCGUGGCACUAAGGUUGACGUGGUGACCAGUUCUCCAGUCCUUGCUCGCCGAGACCAAGAGGAGUGGAAGAAACUGUAUGACAUGUUUGGUGUCACAUCCUCUGUUGUGCCACCACCACAGAUACAGGGAAGCUCCCCUGAAAGCAGGGAUAGUAUGCUACAGGAGGCUUACAGGAAACAAUUAGUUUACGGAACCGUUGGCAGCUUUGCAGCAGACGCUUUGAGGCAGGAAUUCGAGAAGGACACCACACGUGGGGAGAGGAGGUUCGACAUGGUGAUUGUGGAUGAAGUGGACUACAUGACCUUGGACAAUGGAGUUCAGGUGACAUUUCUAUCCCACGAGGCAAGUGGCCUGAGGCACCUCGGACAAGUCCUUGCUAGCAUAUGGGCCAUGGUAUCUAUGUGUCAGCCAAUUGAGAUGGAAGAUACUGGAGAGAUUGAGUGGGCAACUGGAAUCCAGCAUUUUCACAAGGCUGCUAAGUUAGCUGUUAUCGGUCCAGCGACAUCUAAAGAAUUCUCUGAAUUUCACAUUUUGGAAGCCGGAGUGGAGUUGGGUAUCUAUUCAGAUGAAGAUUUUGUUAUGUUCAUGCAUGCUCUCGAGAACACAGAGAAAGACGAUACAACGGAGAACAGGAGAACUGUUGAUACAUUCAUGGCCAAAGUUGGAAUUACUCAACAGUGUGAUCUGCUCACCAUCAUGGAGAAAGCACUGGAGAAUGAUGUGGCCAUUGACUGUUACUCUGUGACAAACAAUAAAGCCGUGCUGGUUGAGGAGAAAAAGUUGCACAACAACCCUGAUAUCCUGGAAAUCAAAAUGCUUCUCCUCGAGAAUGGACGAGCCAGCGAGAUCAUACCUGAAGACAAACUCAUUAAGGCAACAGUCUCUGAGCUGAAGUCUAAAAUCAAAUAUUCUGGCAACUCUCAGUCAAACUCAGAGUUUCUUGUGAUCCCCUCUUUCCUUGAGAAGUACCUUGAGAAUCGGUUACCAGUCUUUGUGGAAAACGCCCUGAAAGCCAUCAUGAUGACACAAGGCAGAGAUGGACUUCCAGGCCAGUGGAGUGUUGGAGAAGAACAAACGCUGGGGGACGGCCUGCAGCAGUUUCUGGAGAUGAAACACCAGCUGGCAACCACUCCUUUGUCCAAUGUGACUAAUUACCUUUCAAACUUCCAUUACUUUCAAAAGUACCUCAAAGGGAAUGGGAUAUUUGGUGUGUCUGGGACAUUAGGGGGUGAUGCCGACAAAGAUUUCCUUGCAAGGCAUUACGAAACAGACAGCUACACAAUUCCAGCUCACCGCCACAAGAAGGUUGUUGAGCUUCCAGCAAUUCAGGUCAGUGGGCAAGCACAGUGGAUGGAGAUCCUCUAUAAGACAGCAACGAGGGUGGCAGAAAGUGGUCAGGUUGUCUUGGUUGUAUGUGAAGAUGUCAAGACCGCAAACGAGCUUCUGAAGAAAAUAGAGGGUGAGAAUCCACAUCCCCCCAUCACAUUAUACACAAUCAGUGAGAAACACAACAUUGAGAGAACCAAAUUCAGAGGGGGACAUGUCAUCAUAGCCACAAACCUAGGAGGUCGUGGGACUGAUAUCAAGGUUGAUCAGGAUGUCAACAUACGUGGUGGCCUCUUCGUCCUCCUGACACAUUACCCUGGCAGUCGUAGAGUGGAGAAACAGGUGUUUGGAAGAACUGGUCGGAAGGGAAACCCGGGCAUGGCACAGAUGAUCCUCUGUGGGGAUAACCUUGCCCCAGCAUACCAGGGCCAGCCUGUGGAGAUCAUGAGACAAUUGAGAGAGGAGUACGAAGUCCAACGCAUCAAAGAUAUGGAGACAGAUGAGCUUCUGGAAAUAAAAAUUAAAGAGGACCUGUUUGGCACGUUUUGUGAAUUUCUUGACAAGUUUCAUGGCAACUUCACAAAACAGGAGAGAGAUGACCUGUCAGGAAUGGGGCCGAAUGAUGUCCCUGAGUGUUUUAAAGAAAAAGGCCCUAAGUUUGAUUACCAGCCUGCACUCAAUGCUUUGAAAGAAACAUGGGCGUUGUGGCUUACCCUUCACGAGGAGCACAUCCGUCAGCACGAAGAUAUCAGUGUUCUUAAAGCAGACCUUCUUGAGCAUAUCAUAAAUAAAGGCAACAUGCUGCUGAAUGGAAAAAGUCCAAACUUCUAUGACCACAUUAAGCAGGCUACCGGCAGAACAGACUUGCACCUCCGCAACAAAAGUAAGUUCGACUAUGAAGCAAAGUCCUACUGGAAAGAUGUUGAAGAAUGUGACCCUUUUUACAGUGCCGUGGCAAUGUACAACCAAGCUUUCAUCACCAUCAACAUGGGAAAAGAUGGCUACAAAACAGAGGCACGGAAAUUACUGGAAAGAGCAAAGACAUCUGUGGAUGUUUACUUGUCAGAAACCACAAAUACCAUGGUUUCUUUUCAGAUUGCCACAAGAGGCAACUUUGAACCACAUCAUGAAGGAGAAUGCAACUUUCUAAAGCAAAUAGAUUCCAGGAUGAGCAUUCACAAAGCUUGGAUACUUAACAUUGACCUUGCAGUAAAUAAACUUACAGAGCUUGAGGGUGAAGGCACAGCCAUAACAGAGGUAUCCUCAGUGUACAGCCUCUCAGAAAAUCAAGACUACAUCACAGGAAAUGAACUCACGGCCUUGUAUGACAAUGGCCUGAGCAUUGUGUUUGAGGUGAAAAAGAAGCCAGAGUUCUGCUUUGACGCUUUGAUCUGUUUCUUCAUCGGUAUGUGUCAGGUCAUCCUUGGAGUUCUGGUUUGUUCCCUGUCGUUUGGCUCUGCAACCCAGAUUGGCUUAAAUCUCAUCUCUGAAGGAGUCUCUGACAUGAUUGAAGGGAUAUCUGGCAUGAUAUCGGGCACAUUCGAUUGGGCGCAAUGGGCCAUCUCCAAAAGCAUCAGCAUUGGGAUGUCUCUGCUCUCCGCAGGGUUCAGCGCCAUUAAAAAAGUUGCCAUCACAGCAUAUAAAGUCCUCAAUGGUACUAUGAAACUCUCAUCUGUUGCAAAGGAUAUCAUUGGCACAGGAAAAUAUGUUUUCAAGUCCGCACAGGGAGCAGCAAAGUCUAUCUCCAAAGAAACAAUUAAGACUGCAACGAAGAAACUGGCAUCCCCUACAAACAUGAAGAUGGCUCUAAAACACGCAACCAAGUAUGCAUUUCAGGAGGUAGGGAUGCAGGGUGUAAUCACAGGAAUUAACUAUGCCAUUGAUGCUGGAAUUGGGGCCAUCUUUAAAACAAUUUUAGAAAAAGCUUUCAAAGACAUGGUCAAUUCAACAGUCAAAAAGAAUGCCGAACUAAAUCUUAGUCUCACUGAAUACAUUAGCUCUGCAGUACCUAAAGGAGCUUUGCAGAAUCGCAGCAACUAUAAGAUUGACUCAAAGCUUGAACAACAAACAAAAGACUUAGUUCAAGUUAUGACAAAAGAACUUAUUCCUGGCCUCAUGACUGAUGCCACCACAUCCCAAGUCAGUGAUGUUAUCAGCAGACUCUCUGAGGUGUGCAAUAAUGCAACGGACCUUGUGGCAAAAAGUGGAACACAUUCUAAUGCAGAAGAAGUCAAAAUAAGUGUAGCAAUAGCUAAACACACCACAACCUUAGUCCAAAUGAUUCAGUCUAUUCCUACAGAACAUGUUAUCAAUUACAUAUUUGUCCUCGAAUUAAAAAAAGAAAUUGAAGAGCAGCAAAGGUAUGUGGAGCAGUAUGACCAAGAUGGCAGACAUGACUUACCAGAUGUGAUUCGCCUGAAGGAUGAGUUGCUAAGCUCCAUUUCGGAAAGUGUCUCCGAAGCGUUCAUAGAUGCUUGUGCUGGUCAUAUGUCCUCUUUUGUGACGGGAACAUUCAAGAAGAAGCUCAAUAGAGUUACUGGAAAAGUUUUUGACAAUGUACUUGGCAGACACAAAACUGAGGCCUUUUUCCAGGACCGGCAGCAUAAACAUGAUAUGAAGUCAGCCAGUCAGAAGACUGGGAAAGCUCUGUCAGAGACUGAAACAAAAGAACUUCUGGACUAUGCAGAGAAGAUUGGUGAUGUUAAUCGACCAGCCUCGGCCCUGGACAUUUAUGUCCUCACAAACAGUGACCUGCUCCAUGGUAAAGGCAUCCAGUUCAACGUGGUGGAUCAAGAUGGGAAAACGCUCUCAGAGGAGUCCUACCCGGGAACAAACAGCUCAGCCGGCCAAAUCACUCUACGGCUGACCAAAGAGCCUGAGAAAAUACACAGUGAGAAAGGAAUCCUCUCUAAAGCAAAAGACAGAAUCCAAGGAGUGGAAAGUCCAUACAGUGGUCACUUUGACAUCAUCCAAGAUGGCAAAGUAAUCCCUGUGCGCUCAGAGAACAAGAACUGCCUGUACCAUGCCCUAGCACAGGCAACAUCUAACAGGUCUGAGGAUGAGAUCACGAGUCAAGCUGUGAAUCUACGAAACAAUGUUAAAGACCAGAUUAAAGGAAGCCUUCAGGCUUAUAGUGAAAUGGUUAAAACCCAGAAGGCCUAUGAUGCACUCGAGAAAAAUCAUGGAAAAUAUGCUAUAGUUGGAGGGGCCAGGAAUAGAAAACGGACGAAUGAUGGGGAAUAUGAACAGGAUAUCAGGCCCAUGAAGAAUUGUCCUUAUAGUUCCUCAGGGAUAAAUGAGUAUGACAUAGCCUUUACGUACCACCUUGGAUUAGUUGGUCCUUACAAAAGCGUCAAAAACACCAAACUUUUCUCUGACAACAUGGGGGAAAGAGGCAUUGUAGAGGCAGACCAUAUCCCACCAAAGAAUUCCCUGAAGCUGGCGAGAGACCAAAAAUCUCAGAUGAAAAAUCUUCAACAGAAGAAUCCAAAGCUUUAUGAUAUGAUAAACAGCAUUGAAUCAGAUCAGAAUGGAGGGAACCUGCUCACAAUGCGGGUUCUCAAACAGCAUCACAGGAAUGCUCUAACCACUGGAAGGAGUAAGACAUCUGUCAUCUGCAGGAAGCUGCUGGCGGAUACACUUGCAAGCGGAGAUGUGGAGAAAUCACUGAAGUUAUCUUUCAUCAUGGCUCAUCCUAUUGCUUCCGACCAGCUCAGAGACAAAGCAGGAAAGCCCAAUAAACUUGCCCUGGGAUCCAUUGAUUUAUCUCCUGAAGGAACGGUGUUCUACUAUAAAGCUGGCUUCAAUCAGAUGCUGAAUCACCAUAGUAAAGAGGGGAUCAUCGACCAGAAUCAGCAGGCGAGGCUGAAGUCCUGGGUGUCCGAUAAGAAGUACAUGGACCCAGACACCCCAGAGUACAACGACAUCCUUGCAGCCAUCCAGUAACACAACCUCUAUGGAGACAUGUUAGGAAAGGGAUAAAGUCAUACUUUUAUAUUCAGCAAAUGAAUAUCAUGAAUUCAGUAUAAUCAUAAGGUGAAUCAUUUCUUGUUGAACCUUAGGUGAAUGACAAUUUGACCUUUUUACUGCUGCAUAAUUACUAUACUUUUUUUGUUUGUGCUUCCACAAGGUAGCCUAUGGCUUUUCAAAAACGAUACAGUAACUUAUGUGCAAGAUGCAUGAGAUAUAAGCCUGCUAAAACAACUAUAGGUUCUUCACAGUAAACUGUAAAUUGACUUUUGAUUUUGUUUCAUUCAAUACUGUAUACUAUACUGGGUGCCAAAGUUAAUUUCUCAAUGUCAUAAUAUUUACUGAUGUCAUAAUAUUUCAUGUUUGUAGUUUCUUAGUGUUGAAUUAUAUAGCCUACUUUUCAUUUUUGUGUAAUGAUCAUGAUAACCUUUUAAAAAUCAAAUCAGAAUGUAUUUGUCGCAUGUGCAGAAUACAGUGAAAUGCUUACCCACAAGCCCUUAACAAACAAUGCAGUUAAGAAAAAAAAAUAAAGAAAUAUAACAAAUAAUUAAGGAGCAACAAUAAAAUAACAGUAGCGAGGCUAUGUAUUUUAUGCUCAUCAUCAGUGGUUUCACAGUCAAAUCAUGAUCUCAUUGGCAGUGUUAAUCAUGUACUGGAUUUCUUUACUAUUGGAUUAUGGAUGAUUUUGUAUUUACUCAAUCCAAGUUGGUGUUUUAAUCCAUUUGAAUAAAUGUUUGCAUUCUCAAAAAUAUUAUCUGUAUUUGAAACUAUUGAUAAUAAAUUGAUUUAAUUUGCAAGACU